AAAAGGUUUAUUGGUUAUGUUACAUGAAUUAUGUGUAUGGACUUCUUCUAUUGGACAGUAGCUUGUUCUAGUAAUGACACAAGCGUAAUUCGCUGCAGGUGAUGCAGAUACUUUAAUAUCAAAUAUAUUUCUUUGUCAUAAGAUUUGUUCAUUGGGUCUUACUUAUUUUCUUCUUAACAGAAGGAAUCUGUGGAUUGCAAUGUAAUGUAUUACUUUCUGUGAAGAAGCAAACUGGUGUAUGUGAUGAUAAACUUUAAGUGUUUUUGUGUAUGGCCAACAUAAUUAAGCAAGGUAAUUCUCAACCACAGAGGGGGAAACAUGGGAAGUCUCAGAAUAGUACGAAGAUGUUGGAGGGCGGUGGAUGUAACAGUGCUGAAAGUUGUACCACUUCUAAGCCCCAGUCACAAAGCAAGACUUUAUACGAACAGGUGACAGCAUUUCUACCACAACAGACAAACCUCUGCAGCUUAGUUAAAGAACACUUUCACCCAGAUGGCCCUUGCUGGACUUCCAUACAUGCGGAGACCUUGCUGCUGACUGUUGUCGGAUAUUUGCCAGUAAGGAGGAGUUCAGCUGCUUGUGCAAUCUUGGUUGCUGUUAUCAUCUGCUGGAAGAAGAAUAAGUUUGGGCCCUAUAGCCGGAUAUACUGGUAAAGUACAAAAAAGAUCUGGUAAGAACUUAUAAUGUUUCUGUCGAGAGACCACAGAUACAUUUUUUUAUCUAUUUGCUUAUGUUUUGUUUGGCACUGUCAAUAGCUGAGACCAAAAAGCAUCAAAUUUUAGGAUAAUUAAUGAACUGAAGGGGUUAUGGAAGGACGUCAUGACCUAGUUUAAUGUACUGUCCUAACAUUUGCCUGAAGGGACUGAAGUAAACCACAACACAGGCUAUUCAGUGUCUGAGCCAAGAUUUUAACCCAAGAUCUCCUGAAUAUGUAGUAGUGCUAACCAUUUAGUUGUGGCAGUCGUAUGUGUUCUGAAUUUAUUAAAUAGUUGCAUUUUUAUGAGCUUCAAA